AUGGAGGCGGAGUUCUGCUCUCAGCACUCCAAAGCAGGAAUGAUCCGUGUGUUCGGUAAGAAAUGCGACCAUCCCGGGUGCAUCAAGCAACCGUCAUACGGUAAAGCCGACAGCAACAAGGCGGAGUUCUGUGCCCAACACGCGCAGCACGGCAUGGUCCACCUUCAUGCUAAGAAGUGCGGUCAUCCAGGGUGCACGAAGGGGCCGUCAUAUGGCAAAGCCGGCAGCAAGAAGGCGGAGUUCUGCUCCCAGCACAGCGAACGAGGUAUGAUAAACGUGAGAAGCAGGAGGUGCGGACAUUCCGGGUGCACGAAGCAUCCGACGUAUGGAAAAGACGGAACCAAGAAGCCGGAGUUCUGUGCCCAGCACGCCAAGUCAGGGAUGACGAACGUGAAAGCCAAGAGGUGCGGCCAUCCAGGGUGCUCGAAGCAGGCGGUGUAUGGAAAGGCCGGCAGCAAGAAGGGGGAGUUCUGCUCUCAGCACAGGGAGCGAGGAAUUAUCAAUGUGCGGCAUGCGUAA